AAUAGGGCCGGCUGCGAACCAUUGCGUCAGGCGCCGUCUCGAUGUGGUGCUGAAUGAGGUUCGUUUGACCAGAUCAGGUCAGCAUGCAGUGAUGCUGAAACAUCAGAGAGGAGCUGUGAGAGCAAUGAUGGGCAUGAGUUUGUUUGUGCUGCUCCUGCUGUCAGGGCUUGUGUGCAGCGAUUCUGGUGUUCCGCGAAAGUACUACUUCAUAAAUCAAAAUAUGACAUGGGCAGAAGCUCAGAGUUACUGCAGAGAGAAAUACACUGAUCUGGUUACUGUAGACUCUAUAGAUGAUGUGAACAUGAUGCUACAAGCAGUGGUUUUGCAGUACAAUGGGUCAGUGUGGAUUGGACUGAAGAAAGGGACAAAGGGUCAGUGGUGUUUGUCUCCAAAUAAUGCGGUUACACAGAACACUUACUGGGGUCUAUUUGAACCUUCUGGUGAUGGAUCAUGUGUCAAUAUGAAAUUAGGAUUGUGGAAUGAUUCUCCGUGCACCACUCUUUUUUACUUUGUAUGCUACAAUGGUAUCGGAAACAUCCUGAUUCACAUCCCCAAAACCUGGAGAGAUGCUCAGAGUUACUGCAGACAGUAUUACACUGAUCUGGCCACCAUCAGCAGCCCUGAAGAGCUGUUUCAGAUAAAUAUUGUUAUUGGAAUACAUGAGACAUGGAUCGGUCUGUUCUUGGAUUCUUGGCAGUGGUCUGAUCAGUGUAGCCUUUUGUUUAGAAACUGGGCAACCGGAUACACCUCCCAGACUUCAGAAUUUGGUGACUGUGUUGCCAUGUCGACAACUAACUCUGGGAAGUGGAUUCAGGACAGCUGUAGCAAACAACAUCCUUUUAUCUGCUAUGAUGCAUAUCGAAAACGGGUUCUAAGAUUGAACCUUUCCUGUGAUGGAAACUGCAAUUUGGAUGAUCCUUCACUACAGAUGGCCACUCUGAAUGAGAUAAGUAAAAAACUACAGAGAGUGGGACUUGGAAAUUACAUCAGCAUAAACAUGAGAAAAAACGCAGAAGUUUAAGAGGUGUUUCAUCCUGAGAGCAUCUGUAAUUCUUGAAGUGACAGUUCACCCCUAAACAAUUCUGUCAAUAUUUACUCACACUUUUAUCAUUUCAAACCUGUAUGACUUUCUAACUUCCGCAGAAAACAAAAUAAGAUAUUUUGAAGAAUAUUGUUAACUAGACCCCAUUCACUUGCAUUGGUUUUGUGUCUAAUGUACUUCAUGGUUUGUAUGAAUGACAUGAUAAUCAUUAGAAUUUAAAAUUGUACUUCCAUAAGAUAAACGUUAAUAAAAUAAAAUAAACUGGACCUAAACUGCAAAUAGAAGCAUUCUGACAUCAGACUCUUUUAAAUGUAAAUAGUAUCUCCAGAUCUCAACUUACACAUGUUUUAUUGUUGUUAUGCAUGUAUUUUGUGAACAUGUACUGUUUUCUCUCUAUUAAUCAUUCUAUAUUAUAUGUUUGUGUAUAGCUAUAAGUGGAAGCUUUAAAUUGCUAGGUGAAAAUCUCUGUAUAUUCUAUAGAAGUGACUGUGUUGUUUUUCCUAUGUUGUGUAAUUAAGUUUCCCUUUAGAUGAUUUGAGGGUCUGCCUUCCAGUAAAGACAGAAUGUUUAGUUGCA